UCCUGGUAGACGCGGGUGGUGAAGGAAUCCUCCGCUAUGGGCGCAUUGGCCUCGCCCAGUCCAGUUGUUUUUUGUUUUUUAAGAUCCGAUUAUUCAGACAGCACUCGAAUGCAUCACAGGCCGGCCAACACGGGACGAAACAAAAGAGCGCGUGGACAUGCUGCUGUUGUUCCUGACAGUUUCCGGCGUGCUCAUUGGUGAGUGCCACUUAUUUGUACAAUCGGACUCAGGUUUGACCCCUAAAAAUGUGUCUUUUGCGGUGAAGCAGUCGCGGGGGGAGUCGAGGCUCCGCCCUGCCUCGCGGGCUCUGCAGGCCGUCAUGCAAACUGUCUCACCUGGGAUUGCAGUUCUGCAACAGCUGCUCAGAAAACGCAGUAACGCAUCCGCUGAUAUUGAGCAUGAAAGUCUGUGCUAUGGCAGCACUUUCAACUUACCAGUUCGUUUUACGCCCUCUGAUUUCCGUGGACAACUGUACUUCACUCCGAGCAUGGGGGGAUCCAGGAAGCUGCUGAUCAAUGAUGGGGAGGCAAAGGACCCGCGUCUGAACAUCUCCCUUGGCUCAGUUCGUUUGACAGAUUUGACAGAAAGAGACAAUGGAACUUUUUCCAUCUCAUUUGGUGAUGAAAGCACAAACGAUAUCAUCACGCUGACAAUUGAUGAUUGUGCUGAAAAGAUCACAAAAUAUUACGGGGAUAUCUAUGGCAGUACUCUUCCGAAGGGGACAGAAUUUGUGGAGUUCACUACGCUUCACCUUCGGGACCAACCACAGGUGGUGUGGAAUGGCACCAACCUGCAGGAGAAUGGCAAAAUACGGAUGUUUUUUUCAUACCUGGAGAUCUUCAGAGUCACUCAAGCAGACAACGGCUACUACAACUUCAGGAAAAAGGACAACACUUUGCUGUCGAGGAUACUGCUCAUAGUACAAGAGAACAAUAGACGCUCUGAAGUAUGGGUAAAAGAGCGGCUCUCCAUCCAAUAUCCGAUGUUCGAUGUUAAGUGGACUGUGACUUUUACACCGAAGGGGAAAAUGGAAACUCAAACGUGGAUAGAGGGAAACAGACUGGUCACAGGGGAUCUUUCAGGGAGGAUUUGGUUGGUGCAUAAUGGCAUAGACAUCGAUGUGGAAAGCACAGACUCUGGCACCUUGGAAUUCAGAGACCGACAAGGCAACCUGGCCUUGACUGUGGAGGUGAACGUAAUAGCUGAGGAAACAGAUCCCACAUUUAUAUAUGUUGCUCCUGCUCUUGUGAUCAUCUUUGUGGUGGUUGUUGGCUGCUGCUGCGUGAAGAAGUUCUGUUUCAAAAAGAGGUCUUCAAGUAACGAGCCUGCUCCUCAGACUGCUGCAGCACCCGCUGUGUAUUACCAUUUUCAAGAUACAAAUCCAAGUUAUUCUGCUGCACCCACAACUUCAGCCCUCUUGUCUCAGCCAAUGACGCCCCCUGUGUCUUCAGAACACUCGAAUGGGCCAUCGGUUGCUGCUCCCACCCUCUCAGUCGGCUCUGAGCCCCAGUCCUCGGACCCCGAGCCAACAUUUGAGCUGAAAGGAGUGACCUUUCCCGCUGCUCCCCUCCUCAGCUCAGACUCGACUCUCUGUGACACUUAUACCUCAGAUAAACUUGACUUUCUGUAAGGAGCACACUGAAAGUUCAAGUGUCAUUGGGUUGACUCUCGCAAUGUGUUCUGCAAAUAACUUGAACACCGAGUAGUAGAGAUGAUGACUGAAAGUGUCGUAGUCAAGACCAAAACACCACAUUUACCAAAUUGAGCCAUAUCGUAUACUAUUUACAUGGUUAUUCCAAUUUUAUUUGUGUGUCUUAAAGUGUAUCAUUAUUUUUUGAGAAUUAUGCAAGAUAAUUUUUUUUUGUUACUUUUUAUUUAAAAAAAAUAUAAAGAUCCUA